UUUCAGCGCUUCAAUUUUUGUUGCCGAUAUCGCGGCUUCCCCCAGCAGCAAAACCCUAACCCAACGCUCUGAAAACUUUCACCGAUGAUCGAUCCAAUGCCGAGCAGCUGAAACCUCUUCGCUCUCUUCCAUGGCCCUCCGUCGCAGGCUUCUUCCUCUAUGCUCUUCCUUUCUCCUCGGCACGAAUUUCCCUACCUCCGCUGUUGGCCAAGGGUUUAGAGUAGGCUUUCGAGGCUACAAAGGGAGCUUUUCGCCUGAUGAACGGAUAUUGAAGUUGGAAGAAGAUGACCGGCUGGCUGAAGACCAGAUAGUUAAGAUUCGAAGCGAAUUUGAUGCUGCCAAGCAGAGUUUUCUCCACAUUCCAGAUGCUCUGAAGGGAAUGCGUAAAAUGAAUCCCAAAGGUAUAUAUGUGAAUAAAAAUCUGAAAUUGGAGAACAUAGAAGUUUAUGGCUUUGACUACGACUACACAUUGGCCCAUUAUUCUGCCAACUUACAGAGUUUGAUAUAUGAUCUUGCAAAGGAACAUUUGGUUAAUGAGUUUAGAUAUCCAGACAGUUGCUUGGAAUUCAAAUAUGACCACACCUUUCCCAUUAGAGGUUUGUACUAUGACAAGCUAAAAGGAUGUCUCUUGAAGUUGGAUUUUUUUGGGUCAAUUGAGCCCAGUGGGUGCUACUUUGGUCGACGCAAGCUUACCAGAAAGGAAAUCGAAGAGAUCUAUGGCACAAGGCAUAUUGGUCGUGAUCAAGCACGUGGACUUGUCAGUUUGAUGGAUUUCUUCUGCUUUAGUGAGGCCUGCCUUAUUGCUGAUAUUGUUCAACAUUUUGUUGAUGCUAAGCUGGAAUUUGAUCCAUCCUAUGUCUAUCAAGAUGUAAAUCGUGCAAUUCAGCAUGUUCACCGAAGUGGGUUGGCUCACAGAGGAAUUCUUUCAGAUCCACAGAGAUACCUAGUUAAAAAUAGCCAGCUGCUGAGCUUUCUCAAAAUGCUGAAGGAGAAUGGGAAGAAGCUUUUCUUGUUGACCAACUCUCCAUACUAUUUUGUGGAUGGAGGGAUGCGUUUUAUGUUAGAGGACUCUUUGGGUCACAGCGACUCUUGGAGGGAGCUUUUUGAUGUUGUGAUUGCAAAGGCGAAUAAACCAGAAUUUUACACAUCUGAGCAUCUGUUCCGUUGUUAUGACGAAGAGAAGGAUACGUUAGCCUUCUCAAAAGUGGAUUCAUUUCUUCCCCAUAGAAUAUACUACCAUGGAUGCCUUAAGUCCUUCCUCCAAAUUACAAAGUGGAAUGGUCCCCAGGUGAUUUACUUUGGAGAUCACCUCUUUAGCGAUCUACGAGGUCCUUCAAAAGCUGGGUGGCGUACUGCUGCCAUCAUCCAUGAAUUAGAAAAUGAGAUACGGAUACAAAAUGAGGAUUGUUACCGUUUUGAACAGGCAAAAUUUCAUAUAAUGCAAGAGCUUCUUGGUAAAUUGCAUGCAACUGUUGCCAAUAGUCAAAGAAGUGAAGCUUUCCAAUCUCUUUUGUGGGAUAUAAAUGUGGAGAGGCAGAAGGCACGCUGUGCAAUGAAAAACAUGUUUAAUAAGUCCUUUGGGGCUACCUUCCUCACUGACACGGGUCAAGAAUCUGCCUUUUCUUAUAACAUCCAUCAUUAUGCUGACGUGUAUACCAGUACGCCGGAGAAUUUUCUAUUGUAUUCAUCCGAUGCAUGGCUCCAUGCUCCUUUUGAUAUAAAGAUAAUGCCUCACCAUUUGAAGGUUCCUUCGAGCUUGUUCGAGACCCCCAUAAACUAAACAAAUAGUUGAUAACAUCAAAUUUUGGCAGCUUGGCCGUUGGAUGCUUGCAGUCAUUAUUGCUCUUUUUUUUGGGGGGGGGGGGGGUAAAAAUAGGUGAAGGUAAUGCUUGUAAAUCAAAACAAAAAUAAUAAUAAGAGGAAGUCAGCCAAAUAAAAGCUAUUAUUACGUUGCAAGUAGAUUUAUGAUUUUCACCUUCUUUAGUUCUCUCAUGUACACAAAAUUUUGAAUGUAAACAUUUCUUGGGACACAAAUUAAACAUGGUUGUCACGAGGAAGGACGCAAAAGUUUACUUAUCAUGAUCAAAUUUUGGAUAUUCGUUUUAGCUUACAGUCGUUGGUUGCCAUCACGGCUAAUUUCAUGUUGUACCUGAUCUUCCAAUUCGGGGAUGUCAAUUCAUUCGACACCGAAACAUAUAUUGGCGAGUGUUGGAUAUGCAAAGAGACCAUAAGGAAGCAAAGCUGUGCUAGCUAGGAUCUUCGUAAAAAUCUUUUCAUGUUUCCUUUUCAAUGCACUCACACAUAAAUAGCCACAUUCCGGGCAGGUAAUAUAGUUUUGGAUUGUAAGCCAAAUGCUAUGUUUUUACACGUGGGAUAUCUCUAAAUUUCGUGUCAAUUUUGAAUGAUUUUGGGAAUUCUAUGAAUGUGGCCUGGGACAAUCUCUUGU